CAGUCAAAUUAUCUCCGUCUCAAUCACCUGCAGUACCUGAAUACCUCAACAUCCGGAAACGCCUACACUAUGGCACAACUGGAAGCGAAUUCUACACAAAUAGCGCCGGAGCUUGAAAGCGAAGGAGGCGAAGAUCACUUGCAUGGAAAUCGAAAUCAGGGCUCAGGAGAGCCAAACUCAAACGCCAGAAUUAAACAUGCUCAGAUGCUGGCUGCGAAGACUAGUCGAGAUAAAUUUGAGCUGGAUAAAGCUUUAACGAAAAAGACGUGUGAUAGGAAUCAGUUGAAAGAACCGAAUAAGCAUGAACGGAGACUCAAAUUCUGUUUGGCCACGAUGAGGGAGAAAAUGAAUAUACUGCAACUAUUUUUGCUUCAUUUCGGAAACAGAGCUCAUCAAGGAAAUCCAAUGAAGCCCUUCUUGCCACGAGAAGAGAUAGCUAAACAUAAAAUGAAUUUCCGGAUGGUACAUGAAACAAACAGUUUGGCGGAGGAAAAAAAGCUUUUGAAAGAGAUCAAUGCGAGGCAGAAGGAGGUGGUUGAUUCAGUUUCACCAUUGGGAAAAAAUCGUUAUUUUCCGCCUUACAUAGAUGUAAGAAAUUUUAAUUUCUCCUAG